AUGCGCUUCGGAAAGAACGAUGCUCGGAAUUUCCCUAUUCACUCAAGUGCAGAAAGGAAUCCGGAGUUCCGAGCUCCGUCAUUGAACGAAGAUCAGGGUGGCUUUGCCAAGAAAUCAAAGAUCAGGUGGGCCGAACACUUCACCAUGGCGGUUGCUGACUGGAUUCCUCUGGACGUCAAGCGAACACCCAGACGGCCGUCAACGGGAUGGUCAUUUUAG